UUGUGAGUAGUGGCAGUGAGAGCUUAACAACCAAAAUGGUGAAGUUAACAGAAGAAGAGGCAAAAUACAUCAGUAGUAUUUGGGAAGAAGUGAAUAAGAAAGCAAUAACUGCCCAAGCCUUGGAAAGGGUGUUCACGGUCUAUCCCUGGACGACCAGGCUGUUUAAAAAGUUCAAUGGUCGUUUUACAGCCAAUGAUGCCGGUGUUCAGGGUCAUGCAGACAAAGUGCUAAAGGCUCUGAACGAUGCAGUUAAGGAUUUGUAUGGAGUCGAAGGCACAUUCACUAAACUCAGCAAAAAGCAUCAAGAAAUUGGAGUGGACACUCAAAACUUCACGCUUCUUGGCCAAACCUUCAUUGUUGAACUGGCCAUUCAUUAUAGAAGCAAAUUCGGGCCUGAGGAACAUAGAGCUGCGUAUAAGUUUUUUAAACUGGUGGCAGAAGCUCUCUCCAGCAACUACCAUUAAAUCAGUAACCACAUGCAUCCAUCACCACUUUCAGAAAUGCAAUAAAAACAUGUAUCAUCAGUAUGUAUGAUGUGUGCUGUUUGCUUAAGGAACUUGCGUUACAUCGGAUUCAAGUCUUGCUAAUGUAAAGGUGGUGCAAUAUUCCACUUUGUAUGGUAAUUUUUCUUCAAAAUUUGGAAAAUGUCUGUAAGCAUUCCUUCUGCUUCAAUAAAGAAAUAAUACUUCUCUGGCA